AUGCGAACCACCAGCAAGCAUGGGUUCCUGUCGGCGACGGCCCAGGCCCAGGGCCGAACACUCUCGCUUCGAACCAUCGUGCCCGAGCAGCCGUCAGACGCCGGCUCCAAGUGGCAACGCCUCAAGCAGGCGGCCGCUCCAGGCAAAGCUUCAAUUACGAAGCUGGUCCCGCAGAUUCUCAAGGAACCUGGUUCAGGAGGAAUCGGCGUUGCGGCCAGACGAACCAUUUUUGGCCACGCCAGGACUUUUCUGCAGCGGCAGACUGCUCAGCAACCCGAGAAGAUGAUGCUCAUGGUCCGCUCCGUUGUAGCAGGAGCCAAAUCCCAUGGACAUCAGCAGGGCUUCGUGACGGCUCUACAUGAGAAUGCGGAAGAGAAGAAGCAAGAGCGCAUUCUCCUGCAAGACGAAGCCCAGCAAGGUCUGGAGUCAAUUGACAUGUCCUGGAAGUCCGGUGCCUUGACUUCCUCGGAUCUGCUUGAUGAGGCGAUUCGACAGGUAGCAAGGCUCCGGGAGAUGGCAGAAGACUCCGAGGCGGAUGAGCUCCUGCAGCAGACCCAUGACACCAUCGACAGCUGCACAGGCAUGCUCAGCGAGUUGAGGGCCCUCUUAGACGUCGAUGUGGAGGUUUUCAGGGUCGCUGAGAAGAUUGAAGAAAGCAAGGCACGUGCCAAAGCCUUGAUACAAGAUCUGCAGUGUGACAUUGAUGCGAUGAGAGAUGCACUCGCUCAGGCCCGGAGCCCGUCGCGGUCACCACAGAAGAAGGUUCAGUUUGAGGAGACGAAAAGCAUAUUGUCUACAUUCUGUGACGGUGCAAACAAGUUGAUCGAAUAUAGCUUGGCACGAUUGGAUGAGAAAUACAUGCGUGGCCUUCUUGCGGCAGACGAGGCGGAGGUGGAAGCCACAAGCAAGGAAGAAUGCGAGGAGUCUGCAGCUUCCGAAGAUUGCGAUGGAGGGGCGCUUGACAAGCUUGAAGAGAUGGGGGACAUAGCACACGACGGCGUCCGACCCGCUGCAGGCAGUCUCAGUGAUCAGGAUCUGCUUUUAUCGGGCAGGAGGGAGCAGGAGCAGGAGGAGCAGGAGGAGCAGGAGGGGCAGGAGGAGCAGGAGGAGCAGGAGGAGCAGGAGGCAGAGCAGGAGCAGGAGCAGAAGGAGCAGCAGGACGCAGAGGAGGAGGUGGAGAAGGCGGAGGCGGAGGAGGAGGAGGAGGAGUUCCAGAAGCUUUCAGCAGCUGUGCAACAGACUGCCGUGCAGUUGGAGGAGGGUGCUGACAGCUUCCGGAACAGAAGCAAGAUAGAGCUGGAAUUUCGUUUGCAUGGCGCGGAGGUGGAAGAAGCAGAGUUGCACGGCUCUGUGUCUGGGAUUCCAGUUUCGACUGCGCCGUCGCAAGUACUGGGCCCGGGCUCCCGCAUUCGGGCUCCAUCUCCAGAUAGGCAGGAGCGUGACGAGGCCGAAGAGGCGGAGCCGGGCAUGGACGCCUCAGUCGACAAGCCCAAGGCGAAGCCGGCGAAGCAGUCGAAGUCGCAGAAGAAGGCGAAACGCACGCCGCCGGUGAUGCCGCUGCCGGUCAAGACGCGGGUCGAGCUUCUGCCGCCAGUGAGGCUUCCUGCCCUGACACGCCGCAACCGCAAAAACACCGAUGACUUGGACUGGAACAUGGAAGACCUGAACGCAGAAGAGCUGACCCUGCUGACUUCCGUCAUCGACGAGGAUGAGCCGUCCAACAGCCUUCAAAGUGUCAGCCAUGAUCCAGCGAAAGAGCGCCUGUGGAAGUCCGUCUUUGGCUUGGAUGACACGUCUCUUUCGCGCCGCGUUCAGCAAGCACUGCCAUUGCCGCAGCGACAACCGCUGCCGCAGCUGCUGCCCAAAUCGGGGCCGGAGACUCUGCAGGGCGUUUCGCCGAAGCAGAAGCCCUUGGCGCACUUGGUGGAUCAUCCACAAACUCCACGGUCGCCGUGUCGACAGGCUGGAGUUGAGCCAUACUUCUUUCGCAAACUUAGAAAGCUCGGCUUGCAAGGCCAGGCUGCUUGA